AUGUCGUAUUCCAAAAAGUACACGCUCGCUCCCCUUCCUCAAACCAACCGUGGUGAAGGUAUCAAACUCGGCAAGGAUCCAAAGGGAAAGAACUUUGUGUAUACCAACGGCAAAUCCGUAUUCAUUCGUGAUAUCGAGAACCCUACACUUGCAACUGAAUACGUGGGACACAAUGCUCAGGCAACAGUAGCACGCUAUAGCCCAAGUGGUUUUUACAUUGCCUCUGGAGAUGCUCAUGGCAACGUUCGUAUCUGGGAUACCGUGAAUGAGGAUCACAUUCUCAAGAAUGAAAUUCGCCCUGUAUCCGGCAAGAUUUCUGAUAUUGCAUGGGACUCGGAAAGCAAGCGCUUGAUUGCAGUGGGUGAAGGCAAAGAACGCUUUGGUCAUGCAUUUUCAUUUGAUACGCUCUCUUCUGUGGGUGAAAUCACGGGCCAUUCCAAGAUUGUCAAUAGCGUCAGCAUUCGUCAACAACGUCCCUUCCGCGCUGUUACUGCUUCCGAUGACAUGACCGUUGUCUUUUAUCAUGGCGUUCCUUUCAAAUACAACAAGACGAUUCGCGAUCAUUCUCGAUUUAUCCAUGCUGUGGAAUUUUCUCCCAAUGGCGAUCACUUUGUGAGCGUUGGCGCGGAUGGCAAGAUCUUUUUGUACGACGGCAAAUCAGGUGACAAGAUUGACGAGUUGACAUCCGAUUCCAGUCAUACUGGCAGCAUCUUUUCUGUCAGCUGGUCCCCUGAUAGUACCCAUUUGCUCACUUCCUCAGGUGAUUGCACUGCCAAGAUUUGGGAUGUGGCUGCAAAGUCAGUGGUCAACACCUUUGAAAUUGGAUCCGAAGUUGACCACCAACAAGUUGGCAGCUUGUGGCAAGAUGACUGGUUGCUUACCACAUCACUCUCUGGUGAAAUCAAUUAUCUCGAUAAGAAUAGCGGCAAGGUUUCUCGUUCUAUCAAUGGCCAUACCAAGGGUAUUACUGCCCUUGCCGUCACUGCUGGUGAUACUCUCUUUUCUGGAUCUUACGAUGGUCGUGUAUUCUCUUGGCCUUUGGGCGCUGAUGGCGACAAAACUCAGGCUGCAUCACUUGAAGGAGGCGAUCACUCUAACCAAGUGGUGGCAAUCCAAGUGCAAGAUACCAAGGUUUUAUCUGCUGGAAUGGAUGAUGUGAUUCGAACCGGUGAUGUUUCGUCCAAAUCCUUUAGCGGCAAUGUGAUCUCCACAGGUGCACUUCCCAACUCUUUGGGUUUGGCUUCCAAUGGCACUACGGUGGUAGCAACCUCUGACAAUGUACAAGUUUACGAUGGUCAAAGCAACAAGGUCGCUGAGCUUGAUAAUCUUGGAUACACAACUUCAACAGCUAGCAUUGAUCCUCAAGGAAAGAUCGUCUUUGUUGGUGGGAAGGAUAACAAGGUUCAUUUGUACACGCUCGAGGGUCAAACCUUAAGCCCUCUCCGAGAAAUUGGCAACCAUCUUGGUUACAUUUCUGCUAUUGCUCCUCAUCCAAAUGGUGAUCUUGUGGCCGUGGGUGAUAGCGUAGGCAAGAUCUUUUUGUAUGAAGUUGAAACUGGCAAGGCCGUGGUGCAAACCUGGGUAUUCCAUUCAGCUCGUAUCACUGGUUUGGCAUGGUCCAAGUGUGGCAAUUUCCUUGUUAGUGGUUCUAUUGAUACCAAUGUUUAUGUGUGGAACCGCGAGAAGCAAUUCAAAAAGCAAGUUAUCAAGAAUGCACACGUGGAUGCCGUCAAUGAUGUUGGCUUCUUAAACAACAGCAGCGACGAUAGCAAGAUCAAUGUUGUCAGCGUUGGACAAGAUGCUGCUGUGCGUGUGUGGGAGGUGACCAAGCCCCAAUAG